AAUCUAUAUAUAGAUUUAUGACACAUACAUUUACGUAGGUGUAUAUAUAUACGCAGAUGCACCGCACAGUUGAUCUACUCAUAUGAUGGUGGUCUAAAGCUGACGUGAGUCGUGACAUCUCUCUCAAAUCUCAGUUACACACUUCUCUUCUUUCUUUUCCUCUCUCCAAACACAACCGAAUAAGUCGGAAAAUCAACGGUGGAUGGAUGAGAAUGAGAUCGCCGCCGCGAGGAGAGAAGCUUCUUCUUGGAACUUCCCUUUUAACGAUAUUAACAUUCAGCUUCAUCGUCGCUGCAACACAAGUCAUGAAUUUGAUAUCUUGAAGAGUCCUUUUGGAGUUAACGAAGAAGAGAGUAAUAAUCAUAACCCUAACUAUAGUAACAGCGAGAGCGGUAAGAAGGAGACGACAGAUAGUGGGCAGUCUUGGUCUUCGUCGUCUUCAAAACCGUCGGUCUUGGGUAGAGGACACUGGAGACCAGCUGAAGAUGUUAAGCUCAAAGAGCUUGUCGCCAUUUACGGUCCACAAAACUGGAAUCUAAUAGCUGAAAAGCUUCAAGGAAGAUCCGGGAAGAGCUGUAGACUAAGGUGGUUUAACCAAUUGGACCCGAGGAUAAACCGAAGAGCUUUCACGGAGGAGGAAGAGGAGAGGCUAAUGCAAGCACAUAGGCUUUAUGGUAACAAAUGGGCAAUGAUUGCGAGGCUUUUUCCUGGUAGGACUGAUAAUUCCGUCAAGAACCAUUGGCAUGUUAUCAUGGCUCGUAAGUAUAGAGAACACUCCUCUGCUUACCGUAGGAGGAAGCUUAUAAUUAAUAAUCCACUUAAACCUCAUCUUCCUAAUCACCCUAGCCCUAAUUGCCCCUCUUUUAUCUCCACUAAGCAUUACUUUACUCGGCCUUUCCACGAGUUUAAUUUGACUCACCACCUGGUUAAUCAUGCGUCUAUGACGACUGACCAAAAUCAUCUUGUGUUGCCUUUCCAUUGUUUUCAAGGUUACGAGAGCACUGAGGCUCCAAUGGUCGUGGGUAUGUUUGGCAAUCAAAUGAUGAUCGAGGAUAAUGUUGGUGCCACGUCAGAAGCGUUAUAUAAUUUUCCGUACGUUGACUCUAUGAGCCAAGGGAAAGGAGUGCCAAAUGAAGCAAUGAAUUUGAUUGGAAUGGAAGUGGUAGAUGAGGAAGUGGCAAAAAAGGCAAAGCAGCAACCACACUUUUUUGAUUUUCUUAGCUUGGGGACGGCAUGAAUCUUGACCUAAGUGUAGUUAUAAUGAGUCAAUAACUGUGAUUAAUUUGGUUACAGAAAAGCAAGAAGUUAUCUCUACUAGCAAGAAGUUAUCUCUACUAGCAAGAAAGCAAACAAACCAAGAUCCAUGUCCGUGUCCUUGUGUUUGCGUUAAUUAGCAAACCGUAGAUGAUUGUUGUCGCCUGUCGGCUGUCUAGUGAAACAUUUGAUAAACUCCUGCCAUUACUAACUAACUAAUAUAUUUAUGAACUGAGGGGACUCGUAUGAAAAGGUAAAAUAUUUGGGAAGAGAAGACGUAAAAACGUGUUAAAGAUGUGAUGAGUAAAAACAAGAUGCGUAUAAAGAGAUGAUGAGCUGCCAAAGAUUGAGGCAGAGAUUGUGCAACAGAAAGGCCAAACAUGAACAUGCUCACCAAAUCUCACACACACAUUGCAUUUGUUUCUUCCCUCCAAACCGUUUCUCCUACUCUUCAAGCUCCUUACCUAUCUGUCUCUCUCAUAUCACGAGGACCCACAUGCUUCUUGAUACACUAAAACUGAACAUUUCCUACUGUCAAGUUAACAAUGAUAAUUGUAAUAAUUUAGAUUCAUUCCAAAGGCUAGUCUACACUUUAUUUUUAUGAGUUUUUUACUUAGCUAAAACUAAAAAUGAGGUUUUGAAUUAAGUAGA